AUGUCUGGAACUGCAACUUACGCUGAAGUUGUCGCCGUCGGCCUUCCAGAUGGCCUGCCUGAAGCCUCAAGCAAUGGCCCUACCCACAAGCAUACGCAGCAGCAGGACCACGACCACGUCGGUGCCAGCCUUGACAGCUACCCCCCAGACAAGCCAUACCGCACCAGCAUCAAGACGGCACCUGUCACUUUCGAACGGAUCCCGUACAUCCCACGCGAGGGCGAUCCACUUAUCGAUCCUGGCACAGCUCGCGCAGUUGUAGCCGCCUCCAAUGAUGCUCCCAAUGGCACUGAGGAUGACAAAUGGAACGAGAAACACGAGGACGCGACGGUCCUGCAGCAGCACGUCAUCUACUGGGAUCCCGACGGCGACGGCGUCAUCUGGCCGCAGGACACCUACAGAGGCAUCCGCGCCUGGGGCUGGUCCAUCCUGCUGAGCCUCAUCGCUACCGUCAUUAUCCACUUCGGCCUCUCCUACCCGACCUGCCCCACCUUCCCGAUUCCGGACCCAUUCCUCCGCAUCUCGCUCCCGCGAAUCCACAAGGCCAAGCACGGCAGCGACAGCAUGAGCUACGACAAUGAGGGCAGGUUCCGUCCGCAGAACUUUGAGGACUUCUUCAGCAAGUACGACCGCGACAACAAGGGAGGCCUGGAUGCCCGGGAUCUGUUGAGGGCGUGGAAGGGCCAAAGGAUGGUGUUCGACUUCUUUGGAUGGACUGCCACGUUCUUGGAGUGGCUUGCUACCUACCUCCUCAUCUGGCCGGAAGACGGUAUUGUCCGCAAGGAGGAGGCGCGUCGCGUCUUCGAUGGCAGCAUCUUCCAGUACAAGGCCGACCAGUACGCGGAGAAGCAGCGCAAGGAGAAGGCUCGCAAGGAGAAGCAACAUCAAAAGAAGCUCUCCGGUGGAUCGAAGAUAAGCCUCAAGCUAUUCUGA